ACGACUAAUCAUGUCACACACUUGUCUGCAAUUAUUUUUAACCUAUCGUAAUUUACAUUCCCGCGGGUUUUAAUACAAAUGUCAAAACUCAAAAUAAACGACCGCGGCUCGGAGUAGCGUAGCGAAAACUUUUUAUUUUGUUUGUAAUUUAAUGUUGUAAACCUAUAAAUAAGCAAUUUUUUGUAGCGAUUAGCAACUAUUUUAGUACAUCAGCAGAACUAAUUUCGGUGCAUAAUGAGUUCCCCUAUACCCGAAACACCAGAUCGUGAUGAUGCUAGGUCUCGAAUGACUUCUCCCGCUCGUGAAUAUGAGAUGUUUGAAGAUGAAGGGGCCAUACUUGGAGACAACCCUGCAGAAGAAGAAGAUGAUGGAGAAGAAUUAUUCAAUGACAACAUGGAGGCAGAUUAUCGUCCAAUGCCGGCAUUGGAUCGGUAUGAUGCUGAGGAUUUGGAUGAUGAUGACUAUGAUUCAAUGUCAGUUGGGGACCGUGUGGCAGCUGAAAGGGAGCUGCAGCGAAGAGAUCGCGAAGAGGGAAGGAUAAGAAGGGAUGAUAGAGGACUGCUGUAUGAUGAUUCGGAUGAAGAAGGUGGAGAUAUACCUCGGGCUAAACGUCGUAGAGCAGCAGAAAAAGCAGCCACUGGUGCUGAGGAUCAGGUGGAAGAGGGUAUAGAAAGUAUAGAGAACUUGGAGGAUACAAAAGGAUACACAACUAAAGAAUGGGUCUCUAUGCUGGGGCCUCGUACGGAGAUAGCAAAUAGGUUUAAAAACUUUCUCCGUACCUACACUAAUAAUAAAGGACAAUAUGUAUACAAAGAUCGUAUUCGUCGCAUGUGCGAACAUAACCAAGCUUCGUUCCAUGUGGAAUUUGAUGUAUUGGCUAGACGAGAACAGGUGUUGGCCUACUUUCUACCUGAAGCACCAUUUCAAAUGCUACAAAUAUUUGAUGAAGUUGCAAAAGACAUUGUCCUUCAAAUAUUCCCUAGUUAUGAGAGAGUUACCUCGGAGAUUCAUGUUCGUAUAUCAGACUUGCCACUGAUUGAGGAGUUAAGAACAUUCCGGAAACUUCAUUUGAACCAGUUAGUCAGAACUGUGGGAGUUAUAACCGCUACAACUGGAGUUUUACCUCAAUUAUCAGUAGUCAAAUAUGACUGUAACAGGUGUGGGUAUAUUUUGGGGCCUUUUGUACAGUCACAGAAUUCUGAAGUCAAGCCUGGGUCCUGUCCCGAGUGUCAAAGUUCUGGACCCUUCAUGGUAAACAUGGAACAAACUGUGUACCGUAAUUAUCAAAAGGUGACCAUACAGGAGUCACCUGGUAGAAUCCCAGCUGGUCGUAUACCCAGGAGUAAGGACUGCAUACUUCUGGCUGAUCUUUGUGACCGCUGUAAACCUGGUGAUGAGGUGGAUCUUACCGGCAUUUAUACUAAUAACUAUGAUGGAUCGUUAAACACUGAACAGGGUUUCCCAGUAUUUGCAACAGUCGUAAUAGCGAACUACAUAGUAGUUAAGGACUGUAAGCAUAUUGUUGAGUCACUCACAGAUGAAGAUGUGGCUAAUAUUAAUAAAUUAUCAAAGGACCCACAAAUUGGAGAGCGUAUAGUGCAAAGUAUAGCGCCCUCUAUAUACGGACAUGAUAAUAUCAAGAGGGGUCUGGCUUUGGCCUUGUUCGGAGGAGAACCUAAGAAUCCUGGUGAUAAACACAAAGUAAGAGGUGACAUUAAUGUUUUGAUAUGUGGAGAUCCCGGAACAGCUAAGUCACAAUUCUUGAAAUACACUGAAAAGAUAGCCCCAAGGGCGGUGUUUACGACAGGUCAGGGAGCUAGUGCAGUCGGUCUCACAGCCUAUGUUAGGAAAAAUCCUACAACUAGGGAAUGGACUUUAGAAGCAGGUGCGUUAGUUCUAGCUGAUCGUGGGGUGUGUCUUAUUGAUGAGUUUGAUAAGAUGAACGAUCAAGAUCGGACUUCCAUACAUGAAGCUAUGGAGCAGCAAUCGAUAUCGAUAUCCAAGGCUGGAAUUGUUACAUCACUACAUGCGAGGUGCUCAAUAAUAGCAGCAGCCAAUCCCAUCGGCGGUCGAUAUGACGCGUCAUUAACGUUCAGUGAGAAUGUGAAUCUGUCGGAGCCGAUUUUAUCGCGUUUCGAUGUACUUUGUGUUGUGAGAGAUGAAGCUGAUCCAAUGCAGGACGCGCAUUUGGCCAAGUUCGUUGUCAGCUCCCACAUCCGACAUCAUCCAUCCCACCGUGGUACUGCGCUAGAGGACGCCACUGAAAAUGAGAACACAUUACCACAGGAUCUACUGAAAAAGUAUAUUGUGUAUUCCAGGGAAAACGUUCAUCCGAAAUUACAAAACAUGGACCAAGAUAAAGUCGCCAAAAUGUACAGUCAAUUGCGUCAAGAGUCUUUGGCCACUGGGAGUCUCCCCAUUACCGUCAGACAUAUUGAAUCUGUGAUACGUAUGAGUGAAGCGCACGCACGUAUGCAUUUACGUGGUCAAGUGAAUGAAGAAGACGUGAACUUAGCCAUUCGUUCUAUGCUCGAGAGCUUUGUUGAUACACAGAAAUACAGUGUCAUGCGGGCUAUGAGACAGACAUUCCAGAAGUACCUCUCAUACAAGAAGGACCACAGCGAGCUACUAUACUACAUCCUUCGCCAACUAACCAUAGACCAACUAGCCUAUAUGCGUGGUUUACACAAUUACACACAACCAACCAUAGAAAUAUCAGAAAGAGACCUCUUAGAACGAGCGAGACAGAUAAACAUCACAGACCUCAAACCCUUUUAUGAUAGUCGGAUAUUUAAGCUAAAUAACUUUAGUUACGAUGCUAAAAGAAAAGUCAUUGUGCAUUUAUUGCCAGAAGUACCUACGAGUACAUAAAAGUGCUAGUAAUUUGGCAUCCAUGGACUUUAAUAGAAGUUCAAGUGGCUCUGAAACUAAAAUAGAAUAUAAUAACCCAUUGACCAGAUAAAUAUUUCGCCAAAUAUACAAUAUCACCUAGUCAAAAACUCAACAAAAUAUGGACACAGCCUAAGGGAGCGUUCAAGUCAAUAAUCUCCAAAAAUUGCGUUACGUAAAAUUUUUGGAGAUUAUUGACCCCCCUCC